GUUCUCAGUGAGCCCGUCCGCGUGCCCUCGCUCCCCCGCCCCCAGCACAGUAGGCUCGCCCCCCUCUCUCCAUCGCCGCCGAGCAAACCCGGCCGGUCCCCUUGCGGCCGCGAGGAUGGGGGUGGCGGUUGCGCUGGGCUCCGGGGCGGCCCGGCUCGUCUUCUACCCGACGCUGCUCUACACCCUGGUGCGCGAGCGGCUGCCCGGCUCCCAGCGGCCUUGGUUCCACCGCAUCGACCCGGCCGUGCUGCUGGGGGCGCUGCCGCUGCGGGGACGGAGCCGCAGGCUGGUGGAAGAGGAGAACGUGCGCGGGGUGCUCACCAUGAACGAGGAGUACGAGACCCGCUUCCUCUGCUGCUCCCCCCAGGAGUGGGAGGCAAUGGGAGUAGAGCAGCUGCGUCUCAGCACCGUGGACCUGGUUGGAGUUCCCACACUGGAAAACCUGCAGAGAGGUGUUGAAUUUGUACUGAAGCAUCGGGAUAGUGGAAAUAGUGUCUAUGUGCAUUGCAAGGCAGGACGCUCCCGCAGUGCCACCAUGGUGGCAGCAUAUUUAAUUCAGUUGUACCACUGGACCCCACAGGAAGCAGUAGACGCCAUUGCCAGGAUCCGUCCCCACAUCCUUGUUCGCUCCAGGCAGGUCCAAGUCCUGGAGAGAUUUCACAAGAAUGUGGUUGCUGAGACAGCUGCAGAGAGUCAGUAAGAGCUACUAGCAACCAUCCAUCAGUCUCCCACAAAAAGCACAAGUUCUUAGUGAACUCAUAAGAACAGACUGCUGCACAUCUCAGCAAGCAAUAAAGAACUUUUCAAACACAUCA